AUGCAUCAUCAAAACCAAGGAGAAAUUCCCUAUCAAGAAGCACCAUUGAAGAAUAUACUUCAUCAAAAAGAAAAUGACUUUAAUCCUCCUGCUUCUACUGCUCCUAGUGCAUCUGUAGCUACUGCUCCAACUGCUAUCCCUAACACAACUAACGCUAACCCUUUCCUCCCUGAUUACAACACAACACAAAAUCCAGUUGUAACCGAUACUUCCUUUCAAACAGCUCAACAAAAGCCACAAUACAAUGCUUUCCCUUUUGAACACCCAAAAUCUGAAUUUUCUAAUAAUCUGAAGAAAUCUCCUGAUUCUCCUGUUGCUGAACGCGAUUUAACAAGAAACUUCCAAGGCAGCGGCAGCAGCCAACGUAAUGAAACUACUUAUCGCAUUGAAAAUGAGGUCCUUUCCAUCUUGCAGUGGAAGAAUCCUAUUCGAUCUGGUUCUAUUCUUGCCUUGAUUGUUGGUUCAAUCCUCUUGACUCGUUGGUAUUCUCUUUUACAAAUUGGAUCUUCUUUACUUACAUUAGCUAUUGGUAUUAAUUUGAUUUACGUCAAUGUCAUGCUUCAAAGCCGAAAGAUCCUCGCCAAUCAAGAGGCUUCUCAUCCUUACAGUGAUGUAAUUAAACAUGAUGGUUAUACUAUGCUUGAUAAGCAAAGUGUUGGCCGAUAUGCUACUAUAUUGUCUGAUGUUGCAGAAACUAUUGUUCGUGCUUUAACUCGUAUCAUCUUUAUUGAAAAUACAUCUACAAGUAUGAAAUGGAUGGCUAUCUUCUUUGUCAUCUGGAAGGUCUCCGCUCAUGUCUCCACCAUGAAUAUUAUCUUGGGCGUCGUCAUCUCUGCCUUUACUUUCCCUCGUCUUUAUAUUAGUAAUAAGGAUGUUGUUGAUGCUCAACUUCAUAAGGGUCAAGCUCUACUUCAGACAGGUAUUAAGCAGGCACAAGAUGCCGCCACUCAAGCUGUUCAUGAUACCUAUGCUAAAUCUAGAGCCUUCGUCGCAAAGACAGGAACUACAGGUACUGACGCUAAAAACACCAUGACUAAUCAAUCCGUCACUUUGAAGGAAGAAUAA